AUGAGGGAUAUUCAGGGACUGCGAGGACUGGCUAUAAUUUAUGUGCUUAUUUUCCACCUAGAGCAACUGUUUAAAGCGACAGUUUUUCUUUUUUUUUUUCACGAAAAACAUAAACAACUACGACUUCUUUCUUCAUACUUGGUCUCUUGCUGUUGA